CAGAAGAAAACAUGCUUUCUGCCGUUCACCUGGAGCAGCUUUUCACUGAGGUGAUGAAGAAAGAAAUCCCCAGACUGUUGAUCCGAGCCGAGCUAAUGAAGGCUCAACGCUACGAGGUGGAUGUUACUCUGGAUCCAGACACUCUGCACCCCAAACUUGUCCUGUCGGCUGACAGGAAACAAGUGAGAUGUUGUGAUCCACAGAAGAAUCUCCCACAUGACCAAAAGAGGUUUAUGUAUUGUAAAUACGUUUUAGGGGAGCAGAGUUUCUCCUCAGGUAGGUUCUACUUCGAGGUCCAGGUGAAAGGAAAGACUAACUGGACUUUAGGGCUGGCCAAAGAGUCAGUCAAAAGGAUGGGACUCAUCAGACUCAGCCCCCAGUUUGGUUACUGGUCCUUAACUGUGAGGAAUGGAAAGGAGUACAGUGGUCUGUCUGAGCCUCCAGUCCAUUUCUCUCUUCAGUCUCGUCCUGAAAAGGUGGGGGUGUUUGUGGAUUACGAGGAGGGGUUUGUGCUCGAGGGUGGGAAGGUGAAGCCAUCAGAGGACAAGAUAAAGGCAGUUCUGGAAUGGCCUACACCUGAAAACCACAAGCAACUUCAGAGAUUCCUCGGUUUUGCAAACUUCUACAGGAGACUCUCUCCAGCCGAGCAAAAUUAUGAAGUUGGAGACCGAGAACUUCUGGCCAUUAAGCUCGCCCUGGAGGAAUGGAGACACUGGCUCGAGGGGGCUGAGCAUCCAUCUCGUCCUGAAAAGGUGGGGGUGUUUGUGGAUUACGAGGAGGGUCUGGUCUUCUUUUAUGAUGUAGAUGCUGCUGCUCUCAUCUACCCCUUCAAUGGCUGCUUCUUCACAGAGAGACUCCAUCCGUUCUUCGGUCCGGGUCACAAUAACGAUGGUACAAACAGAGACCCUCUGAUCAUCACAGCUGUCCGCCUCCCAGAGUAA